AUGUAUAGCGCCGAUUCUGUAGAAUUUUGUCCGUUUAAAAACUAUUUCCAAUUUUUGGCAUGUGGAACUUAUCAAUUAUCCGAACCGGAUCCCAAUCUAACCACUAAUGAAAAUAUUAAUUCUGCUGACGAAGAAAAAAUUAUCCAUGAACCUAUAAAGAGAUUAGGAAGAUUAUUAUUAUAUAAAGUUGUAAAUAAAGAAAAUUCUUUGAAAUUGCAAGAAGUUCAAAGAAUUGAGACUGCUGCUAUACUUGACAUGAAAUGGUCUCAUCGAAUGAUCGACGAUAAAUUUGUCCUGGCAUUGGCAGAUGCAUCUGGGAAAAUAUGUUUGUACGGAUUAAAUCAGGAUAUUACGCAAUUUAACCAAUUAAGUACUUGUGUCACAAAUGAAGAAAAGUUAUGUCUCUCUCUUGAUUGGUCAAAUCGUUUAAGCAAUAAUGCAUCGAUAGUUGUUUCGCAAAGUGAUGGUAACAUUGUAGUAGUAUCUAUAGAUAAUCAUAUUGGAAUUCUCGAGAAAAAUCGAUGGCACGCUCAUGACUUUGAAGCAUGGAUUGCCGCUUUUAAUUAUUGGAAUACAAAUUUGAUAUAUUCAGGUGGCGAUGACAAUUGUUUUAAAGGAUGGGAUUUGAGGAUCAAGACUUCAACUUCUUUGUUUACAAAUAGAAGACAUCAAGCUGGAGUUUGUAGUAUACAAUCUAAUCCAAAUUCAGAAUAUUAUUUGUCUACUGGAAGAUUAAUGAACAAGCCAGUUUGCGAACAUUUUGUUGCUGGUGGUGUAUGGCGUUUAAAAUGGCAUCCAACAAGAAAAGAUAUUUUAUUGGGUGCCUGUAUGCAUAAUGGAUUUCAUGUGAUCAAAGUGGGUGAGAAUAAUGGAAAAGAUUCUUUAUCUAUGAAUAAAGUAACUUCUUUUAUGAAACAUCAAUCCUUGGCUUAUGGUGCUGACUGGUCUUAUUAUCAUGAAUCUUUGGUUGCAAGUUGCUCUUUUUAUGAUCAUACUAUACAUAUCUGGUAA